AUGACGGAAGCGAACUUGAUCGGAGAAAUACCUGCCAAUUUAUCCGGCAUGGCGGCAUUGGAGCUGCUGGAUUUGUCCGUUAAUAGCCUCAACGGAUCAAUACCCAGUGAUUUGUUCUUGUUAAAGAACUUAACCGAAGUUUAUCUCUACGGAAACAAUCUAACAGGGGGAAUUCCGGACUCGAUUGAAGCAUUGAACAUGGAGAUCAUCGACCUCUCUGCAAACAAGUUGACCGGCAAAAUACCCGACGGCUUUGGGAAUCUAACGCACUUAACAAAUUUGACUCUCAUGUUUAAUCAGUUAUCCGGUGAAAUUCCGGUGGGUGUCGGUCGCUUGCCUAGCCUGAGAGAUGUUCGAAUUUUCACUAAUAAUUUCUCCGGUCCAUUGCCACCGGAUUUUGGAAGAUACUCUGAACUGCAAAUAUUCGAGGUUUCCCAGAAUCAGUUCAGUGGAAACAUACCGGAGAAUCUGUGCUACAAUAGGAGUCUCAUAGGCUUGAUCGUUUUCAAUAACAAUCUUUCCGGCACGAUACCAAAAUCGCUUGAAACUUGUAGAACAUUGAAGAGUUUUCAGGCUCAAGGGAACCAAUUUUCCGGAGCAAUCCCGGAUGGAGUGUGGAAGAUUCCGAGCUUGAAAACAAUGAUGAUGAGUGACAAUUCAUUUUCCGGCGAGCUGCCACAGGAGUUGGGGCCAAAAUUAUCAACCCUCGAGAUCAGUAACAACAGGUUUUCCGGUCAAAUUCCCACCAAAUUAUCUUCUUGGACAAGUCUGGUAGUUUUCAGAGCAAGCCAUAAUCUAUUCGAUGGUGCGAUUCCUCAAAAUUUAACUGCACUUGCAAAUUUAGCUACUUUGUUGCUGGACGGAAACCAGCUCACCGGCAGCCUUCCGGCAACUAUAGUCUCCUGGGAUUCACUCACAACUUUAAAUCUUAGUGGGAACCAACUCACCGGUCAGAUUCCGGCUGGUUUGGGAUUCUUAGCAGUUCUAACGGCAUUAGACUUGUCAAACAACCACCUGUCGGGGCAAAUCCCAAGUCAACUCGGCCGUCUAAGGCUCGUUUCCCUCGAUCUUUCGGCCAAUCGUCUCACCGGAAUCAUUCCCGGUCAGCUUGAUAACGCCGCCUUCGAUAAAAGUUUCUUGAAAAAUCCAGGUCUUUGUUCAAAUAAUCCAUCCCUGGGCCUUAGUUCUUGCGGUUCUCGAUCCGAAAACGGACGAUCUACCAAGAUUUCCUCCAAGUUUGUGGCGAUCAUCGCAGCUAUAGCGGUAAUUUUGUUGAUCCUGGCGCUACUUUCGACCGGAUAUGUCGUCGCUCUUUAUCGGAGGAAAAAGAACCGCCUCGAUUCGAAAUGGAAAUUCACUUCUUUCCAGAAAUUAACUUUCACAGAAUCCACGAUUUUGCCUCGUUUGACCGACAACAACGUGAUCGGGGAAGGUGGUUCAGGGAAGGUGUACCGGGUUCCGGUAAACCGAUCAGGCGAUUUCGUGGCGGUUAAGAAGAUUUCAAAUGCAAAAGAUUUAGAUCAAAGGCUCGAGAAACAGUUCUUAGCAGAAGUCGAGAUUCUAAGCACGAUUCGCCACUCAAACAUAGUGAAAUUGAUGGGUUGCAUUUCAUGUGAUAACUCGAAGCUCCUUGUGUACGAGUACUUGGAGAACCGGAGUCUGGACCGAUGGCUGCACCGAAAGCAGGCUCCGUCAAACCGUGGGCUAAAUGGUUCCGUGCGUCAUGUGGUGCUCGAUUGGCCUAAAAGGUUGCGGAUCGCAAUUGGGGCUGCUCGAGGUUUGUGUUAUAUGCACCACGAUUGUUCUCAAGUAGUCGUUCACAGGGACGUGAAAUCAAGCAACGUGCUUUUAGAUGGCGAGUUCAAUGCUAAGAUUGCCGAUUUUGGGUUAGCCAAGAUCUUAGCCAAGGACACCGAGUUCAACGUGAUGUCCACCAUGGCCGGCUCAUGCGGAUACAUGGCACCAGAAUAUGCUUAUACGACGAAAGUGAACGAGAAGAUCGACGUGUAUAGCUUUGGAGUGAUCUUGUUAGAAUUGACAACGGGAAAGGAAGCGAGUGACGGAAGCGAGCAUUCAUCGCUAGCGGAAUGGGCUUGGCAACAUACGCUAGGGGGUGCACCCAUGGCCGAUGCGCUAGACAACGACGUUAACGAGCCGGUUUAUUUGAAUGAGAUAACCGGUGUGUUCAAACUUGGGCUGUGGUGCACCAGCAAAUUGGCAAGCAACAGACCCUCGAUGAAGGAAGUGUGCCAAAUGCUGCAACGUUACAGUCCGGCAGCGGUGGGCAGGAUGGAAAAGAAUGGCGGUGAUGCAGUCGAUCAUCUUCCUCUCCUGAAGCUGGAAAACGUCUGAAUAGAAGUAGAAGUGCGUUUUUAUGUAAUACGAGAAACAAAUUUGAUACGUUUUAUAAUACACACGAUACGGUUUUGUAAA